GAGGUUGUACAAAAUGUGCAUUAAAUCAAUGUAUAUGUUUCCAGAUUAUAAGCUGGCGAUUUUGGGGUUUUGACUUUCUUGAGACUCUCUCUGUUGGUGCACAUAAUUUUCUAUUUUAACAAAACCAUGGUUGGUGAGAUUGAUACUACACCGAUUGAACCUGUUCGGCAUGGCGUCUCAUUAUUUGAUGAUAAGGGUGAUAAUAAGAAAUUUCUACCCAGGAAUAAGCGUGACUAUGAAAAAGAGAUUGAGGAUUUGACAACGGAAUUGGCCAGCUACAAGGUGCAAUUAGAAGCAAAGCAUGUUGCACACAUCAAAGCACUUCUUAAGCCAGAACAAAACCAAAAGAUGAUUCAGGAAUUGUCUACCUUGUUGAAAAACUCUGAUAUUGAAAGAAACAAGUAUGUGAACGAACAUUCAGAGGGUAGAGCUAGUAGCAAAGACGAGCUUGAAUCAAUGAUGAAAGAGAUGGCUGAUCUUAGAUUAGAAACUGUAAAAGUUCGGGACCAACUUUCACAUGUUUUGAGUGAAUUGAAGUCCACACAAAGAGAGCUUCUGAACAAAGAUACUGAUAUUUUUGCUGCUAGAGAUUCAGAAUUGAAUGCUGUCACUAAGGCGGAACAGUUGGAAAAUGAGUUGAAGAUGGAAAAGGAACAGAAAGAAGAACUUCUGCAUCAAGUAAAUGAGCUUAAUGAACGUGUUCACAGGUCAAAACUUGCUGCUAUUAAAGUUGAGAAACAGAAUAUUGGAAUGUUGUAUCAGAAAGACGAGGAAAUUCAAUUAGCUACAAAAGAUAAUGAUCAAGCGCAACAAGAGAUAGUAGAUAUGAGAAAGAAUAUAGAUAUGCUGCAUGGAUUGCAAAAUAAACAAAUGGUUGAUGAAACACUCACUUUAUCCGAGGAUUCUCCUUCUAAUGCCAUAAAGGACUUAUACAAUGACAUUGAACAAAAGGAAAGAUAUAUCAUGGAUCAAUCUUCUUGCAUUGAUAGAUUAGAAAUGGAAUUAAAUCAGUUAAAAAAUGAACUUACAAGUGCAAAGGAGGAGAUAAAUGAAUUGAAUAUUAACAAUGAAUCACUCACAAGUGAGUUACACAGGACCAAAGAAGAGUUGAAGACGAAUAAGGAGAGAGACAUUGAUGCACAGGUAGAGAUUGCAUUGCUGAAAUCUCAUCUUCAAGAAUAUAGGUUGGCUUAUAAGGAUGGAUAUAUCACUGAUCACUCAAAGGGUGAAGCUGAAGAAAACAAUGACAGUAUCACAAUCUCUUUGGAAGAUUACAACUACAUGAUUAAAGAAGUCCAGAAAGGAAAUAAAAAAGGAAACCAGAUAGAGUUAGCAUUGAUGAAAAAGGAGCUUGAAAAUGCAUCAUUGAAGAUUUCAGAGAUGAGGACUCGUGCCGAACAGGCUAUCAGCAGAGCUGAGUUAGCUGAGAAUGGUAAAGCAGCAUUGGAGGACAAAAUAAGGAGACACCGCGAACAUAGGCUGAGAAAGAAGGCUGCUCUAACCGCGCUUCGGGAGGAAUCUACGCCUAAACCAUUUACCCCUUCAACAUCAUAUGGAACACCAAGUAUGUACCAGCCAUUAAGUAAAGUUCUCAAUAUAAAGUUGUAAAAGUUUGUACUGCUAUUUUGUACUUUAUUAUUUAGUGUGACUAAUAUAUGUGAGUUGUUACUUGUCAAUUGCAAUUAGUUUUGGUAUUGUUGCAAUAUUUGAUAGUAUCUAGCAAUAGGAACACCGGUUGUCUACUUUGUACUGCAAUGUAUAUGUGUAUAUUAUAUGAAGACGGUAAAUGUUUGAGAAAAAUCAUGAAUGGGAUAGACCAUGAUGGCUGAAUGAUGACUGUGGC